GAAUAUAGUUUUGAAGAGAAUUUUAGUAAAAUCCUAAUUUCUCACGAAAUAAUCUCAGUCCUUCGCAAGGACUCAGUACAUUCGGUAUUUGUCUGAGCAGGGGAAAAUAUUUUUCUCUAAUGUUCGGCAAACAUCGGUCGAAGCGGCUCGCGUUGCCAUAUAUGGGCAUGUCGAAUCGUCGUUCGAGCAACUCGGGCGAAUAACGAGAUAGUUUGGAAGACCAAAUGAAGAAAAUACUGCGGCAAAAACCGAAUCAGUUGUCUCACGAUUCUAGUCGAAGAAAGUCUUCUUCUCUAGCUCGUAAUUUUCUCUUUGUUCGGUUCACCUCACGAGUGCCGUGUAACCGAGUCUCGUUCGAACGACCAUUCGACGCCUGGUUUUAUUAAAUCGGGUUCUCUGCGUUAACCACUAUUAAACUGAGACGACAAAUACAGAUUCAAUUUCACUGAAUCGCAACCUUUACUUUCUUUGGUGUGUUGUGUCUAAUCCUGCCGUCAAAUCCUUAUCGAAGACUUCCGAGUCUCGAGUGCACGAUUCUCGCGCUCAGCGCUGGGCGUCGUCAGUGAAUCUCGAACAGUUAUAUUCAAGAUGUAAGAUGUAUUCUAAAUAUAUUACCAUCUUUCUAUAUAUAAAUAUUGUCGAGUAUAAAACUAUAUUUUAUAAAAUAAAAAUCAAAAACAGUUGAACGUUAUUACACCUUUACCUUGACAAAACCCAGUGAGAUCUAUCGAAAUAUGAUUUUAUUAUUUUACUUUGCGACAUAGAUGAGUUAUUGUUUGAAAUUGCCUUCAUUUUAUUGGUUUUUGCUACUGAUUGCCCAAGGAGGAAUUGCAAUCGCAGAAGUAAUUGCAGCUGCAGCCCUGAGCCGCUAGUGUGGUAGGGCUUGCUCUUUUUGCACCCUUCACCAUUGCACAGGCGAACAUUCGAAUCCCGCCGAUGGCAGGCUUCGUUUUUUUUGUUACAAUUAAUCUAGAAGAUAUAAUACAUCGACAUCGUUGACAUACUCCGUCCAGUACUGUUGGAGGGUGGACACUUAUUAACUUGCACUCUCGUUAUACACUUUUAGAUAUAUAUUUGAAUACAAACUUGCAAAUUAAAUACAAAAUAUAUGUGCGCUUAUGUAACACGCGACUCGCUAAAAGGGCUGGUAAGGCGUCAUGUGUAUAAAAGAAAAGUAGUGCCAACGCUCAAUGUAUCCUUGCGCCUGAUACUCAACGAUCGCUACCCUGCUUUAUCAAUAAACUAUAUAGAUACAUGGGCAAUACUCUCAAGUACUAUAUGUCGAUGAUAUAUAAUAAAUACUUUUUUCCUUACUAUAAAAUUUUUGUUAUAUUCUGUGUUUUUUUGUUAUAGUCCGCUUUUCUGUGUACAAUUAAAGAAAUUUCAGGCUGUUUGAAUGUAAAACAAAAUAAAAAAACAAAAAACACAGUUUUACAGUCAUCUGGGGGUCUAUUACGUAUCUCUAACGUGAGUGAACAUGCAAAAAGUGAACAAAUUUACUAGCAUAUUUAUAAUUUGAUUGGUCAACACCUAGUGAAUUUGCUCACUUUUCCCAUUUUCACUCACAUAGAGAUACGUAAUAGACUCCCUGAUUAUAUUUUCCACAAAGUAUAAAUGUUAUGUUGUUUCACGGACUUUAUACGUCCCUGAAAAGUUAGCCAAUCACUGCAGUGAUGCCAAAUUCUGGGUACAGUACCAUGGAGGGGAUAAUAGUGCAGAUGAUUCUCGUAAAGCACACAAGCUCUGCUCAUUUUAUCCCGAGCACUCACUCUGCUAAGUAGUGUUUCAUCCGAUUUCAAAUACUUGAGCGACAAACCGAUUCAAUUAGUUCUACAACGAAACAUAUAGAAAGUUUGUACAAGUAUCAUAUAAUAUAUUCAUUUAUAUUGCUUUUCAUAUAUUGUUUUCCAUAAUGAUUACGAUAACGGACCUACCCGAAGAAAUGGUACAGACAAUUCUGAACUGUAACAUUAUCAGUUUCCAAGAUAUUGUAAAUUUCUUCUCCACGUGCAAGCAUUUCUAUCAAAUGAUCAACGACGAAAAUACAUUCUGGCGACGGAAAUUUUAUAAAAGGUAUUAUCUAUUUUUUUGUAUUAUAUUUUCUUAUUUUUCUUUUCUUCUUUUCUUCUAUUUUCUCUUUUGUCCUCAUUUAAAAUAUUGGCCUGGUUUGAAAAACAUUUGUAAAGAAGAGGAGCACAAAGAAUAUCUAGACUUUAAGGAAGUAGUAAGAGCACAAUUAAACUGUAGAAAAGAAUUGCGCCUUUUUUUAACGAAACUGAGCGAAAAGCAUUAUUAUUGCUUUUAUGAAUCUUUGUUGAGUGAAGAUAUUACUUGGCGCAUGUGGUUGGACGAGUAUCGUUAUCGGAGCCACUCGAAAAAAGUAUUUGUCGAGGAGAAAGAGCUUGAUGCAUUAAUGCAUUCUAAUAAAGUGACACAUCACUUAUAUUAUUAUUUACUUAUGGAUGAGUUAAGAAGUUUAUAUAAACGAUCACAGAGUGAACAUAGGACUGAUCUCACAUAUAUUUAUUAUGGAAAAGAGCUUCUGCCACAUGUGAGGCAUUAUUAUCUAAAACCCAUGUGGCAUGAAUUUAUGAAUCGUCCUAUUAAGCAGCAGAUAUUGGAAGAGGCGGCAACUCUUGUUGCACAAUGGUUCCAACCGGAGCAACAUAUCUCUUACUCGUAUGUAACAACGGAGCUGGAGAAUAUUGCACAACAAGUGAUGGAGCGUCUUGAAGUUGUGAAUCCUCAGCAUCAAAUAUUCUCGGUAUCUUGUGAACAGAUCUCGUCUUGGAAAUCCAAUAAUAUCGAUAAAGAUGAAUGGAACAAGAGUGAUGCAAGAGAGAUUUUAUAUAUUCUUUCCGAGAUAUUAUUCCAGAAACAAAAGUUCCAAGGAAUUAGAACUUUUGGGAAUACAGAUUUCCUUCAAAACUACUUAUGUAUAAAUUACGUAAGUUAUAGCUUAUAAUACAUUAGAAUCAGAUUAUGUAUAGCUUCAUAUUAUUUUUUAAACGUUAAUAUCUUUGUCUCUUAAAUUGCGACAGGUUUUAAAAGAAAAGUGUGGUUAUAUUGUUCUAUU